ACCAACACCAAAUCACCAGCUCCUCGACAAACAAGAUGGCAGAUCACAGACGCUCACACCGCCACGAUGAACAUCGCGCACGACAAUCACGGUCACGGUCACCCCACAGACACCACCGGCCCCACUCGCACCGAGCCCGCUCUCCCCACCACCAUCACCAUCACCACAAGAAGCACACUCCUCCAGAAGCCUUCCCCAAAGAGCUUCCCUACAACUCGCGAGCACUCACAAAAGGCGACUAUGCAACCUUCAAGCCUCUAUUCGCGCUAUAUCUGGAUAUCCAGAAGGGCAAGGUAUUGGAAGAGCUAGAUGAGGUGGAGGCCAAAGGGCGCUGGAAGAGUUUCCUGGGAAAAUGGAAUCGUGGAGAGCUGGCUGAGGGAUGGUACGACCCUUCUACGUUCCAGAAAGCGCAGCAAUCAGCGUCAUCGUCGGCGCCUGACCAUGACGACGGCUCCUCGAACACACGACCCAGAGCGACUUCGCCAUCGAGUACAUCGGCUCGCGAUCCUGCUGCGAACGAAGAAGCGGGCGAGGAAGAUAGCGAUACUGAUAGUGAUGAUUCGGUUGGACCUACGCUGCCGGGACAGGAACGGCGUUCAAGAGGAAGCAGGAGGAUGGGACCCCGUAUCCCGGGAAUGCAGGAUCUAGAGCUGAAAAGAGAAAUGGAAGCAGAGGAUGGACUCGCGCGACGGGACGAUCUGCGAUUCGAGCGGAAGCUUGAUCGCAAAGCGCAGAAAGAAGCGCUGGACGAACUGGUCCCCCGGGCCGAAGCAGGCACGCGGGAAAGACAACUAGAGAAGAAGAGGGAAGUGAAUGAGAAGAUGAAGUCGUUCAGGGAGAGGUCUCCUGGUGCGGCAGAGGUUCCGGACGCGGAGCUGAUGGGAGGUGGGGAUGGGAUCGGGGAGUAUAAGAAGAUGAAACAGGAGUUUGAGAGGAAGAAGACGGAGAGAGAGUUGAGGAGGGAAGAGAUCAUGAGGGCUAGAGCGGCGGAGAAGGAGGAGAGGUUGAAUGAGUAUAGGGCGAAGGAGGAGGAGACUAUGGCUAUGCUGAAGGCUCUUGCGAAGCAGAGAUUUGGUUAGUAGCCAGACAAUGUUGGUUGUGCAUUAAGUAUAUGGUAUUGGGGAACAAUUAGCGACUGGCAGACUAUGUCGGUAAUUGAGAUAGAUUCCAUAACUGGACUCAUAUUGCCUAAAUCUUCACAGUAACCGU